AUGGCCAGAGGAAAAGUUCAGAUGAAGCGGAUUGAGAACCCUGUACACAGGCAGGUUACCUUCUGCAAGCGCCGGGCAGGGCUUCUUAAGAAGGCUAAGGAGCUCUCUGUGCUGUGCGAUGCUGAAAUUGGAGUUCUCAUUUUCUCCGCCCAUGGAAAGCUUCAUGAACUAGCCACUAAUGGAACCAUGCCAGGACUUAUCGAAAGGUACAUGAAGUCGACUCGGGGAGCUCAGGCUGAACAAUCGAAAGAAGAACAAGUUCUGAAUUUGACGCCUUCCAUUCCUUCUAAUGUUGGGACCUUCCACCGAGCCUCCCCGAUCUAUAUUUUGGAUGAUGAACCAGUCAUUCAGACUUCCCAACCUCCUAUGUCUCCCCAAUCAAGCCCCACCGUCGCUCAAGAUCUUGUCGAGCAACUUGGCAGUGAGACAUCCUCCCCUAAUGUCCAAGAGGUACAGGAGAAGGUUUCUCAUGUUCAGAAGGAGUUUUUGUUGUUUAUAGAGGAUUUUGAAGCCUCUUUGAAGGCUUUUGAAGAUAAGGCUAAUGAUGAUAACAUUGCCAAGGCCAAGAAGCAGCUUGCGAAGCAAAUUUCCAUUUUGAAGGCAGGCCUGUUAAAGCAAGGUUCGGAUGCAUAUUUGUCCACUGUUGGAGUCCCAUUAUGUUUAGAGCUCUAUUCAAGAGACCCAGUGUCGGUUCCUAUACAUAGUGAGAAGCGUUCCGAAGAAAAUGCUACUUCUAGGCUCCCGAUUGAAGAUACUCCCAUUUGGAUCCCUCCCUCUAGCUCCUAG